UAGGCGAUUUAUGGUUUGGAAGGAAAGCUCCGCGGCAUAUCAUGCAGGUUUGAAUAAAGAUAAGAGGGGGAUAUGAACAUUCUGCUGUUGCCAACUCGUUGAAGCUAAGCGGCUUUCGUUUCACCUCUACGACCUGGAUUCCAUUAAUUAUUUGGCUCAGCUUCACCGAACGGAAAGCCUGGAAGUGUUGGUAUUGUGUGCGACUUUCUCGAGGCUCUGUUUUCUUCCUGACGCAGUUUUCCGUGACAGGACAGCGUAGUGAAAUCGGUCAAUAAUGACUGGCAACUAGACCACCUUUAGGCUUUACUGGCUUUAGGAGAACAGAGAUCGCAGCUGCACGUUAGAACAGCCUGGACUGCAGAGCACUUUAAGAUAAGGUGGCUGAGUAAGUUCAGUGAACUCCAAGAUCACAUCAAGCGAUAUCAAGGAACUGCAUCGUACACUGUUCAACGCUGUCGUGUCUGAGUCUCGCCCUCUGAGAUGAAUAAUACAACUGACCGAACGGCGUCUAGCCAUGGAGAUGGGUAUCAUCAUGAUUACGACCAACGUGCGGCGCGAGAUCGUAGUAGAGGUCCUGGAUCACGUGACAACUUUGUGUCCUGCGGCUGGGAUCCGCUUGACCGACGACUGGUCGGUGGCGAUGACCGAUACUCCGGUUCCCGCCGCGAUGGCAGUGGUACGGAACCAGGGAGACAUGGCGAAGGAGGUCGUGCGUCUUCUCCGGGUGACAUCAGUUUUCGUCAAGCCACGCGCGGCUAUCCAAGUAUGCAGACAAGAGGACGGGGGCAGGACGGUUACGAUCCCGGUUCACCGCCGUACAAGACCGAGGACCGCUGCAGCCCAGUCCGAAGUAGAGGCAGCACUGGUGGCAGGGACCUGUAUGCUAAUCGCAGUGCACCGCGUGAUGGAGAUGGCUGGAUGCGUGAUGCACAAGCCCUGCGAAGCGGCGGGCAUCGCGGUGACGAGCAUGGGCGGCAACGUAACACCGGUUACAGCAAUGCCAGCUCUUCACCAGAUCGACCUCGUCUUGCCGGAACAGCACUGGCAGCCUUGAGAGUGAACACCGACGGUAGCUUGAAACUACCCGGCCGGCACAUCCAACGUGGCGUCGUGCUGAUAUACCCUCAGUCUGCUUCUGAUCCACUGCCCGCGGUGAAACCCAGGCCGGACGGAUGCUUGACGGCUUUUGUCGGAGGGCUACCGCCGCGCUGUCGCGAGCACCAUGUCCAUGAUGUGUUCAGUGAGUGCGGGCAGAUCAAGUCACUGCGACUCAAGUCUCGCACUCACCUAUGCAAGACCUUUGCACACGUUGAGUAUGCCGAUGCAGAGGCGGUGGAGCGAGCCGUUGCCAUGAGCGGCUGGUACAUCAAGGUGGACCGUACAAAGCAGCCAGAGGCUAUUGGACGUCUGCUCGUCGACUAUUCCACUUCAUCAAAGAAACCAGGAAAGGAUGAGGACACUGCAGCAGAUGCUGGUGGAAAAAAGCGCUCUCGCUCACCAUCAGUCUCGUCAAAUGCCGGUGACAUCGGGUCCAGCUCUAUUCCGGUAGCAAAGCGUCGGCGAAUGGGCAGGAAUGGCAGUCAGGGUGACGAUGUGACAACACCUCGGAAAACCCUUCCUUCACCAGCACGGCUUGAUUUCUCAGAGUCUACAGUAGCUGACCUUACGGAAAAAUUCGAGAAUGGCGACCGGAACUUGGAGCCAUACUUGAGAUUAAGUGCGGAGUGGCUUUCUCGAGGCGAAUGCACACCGGGGUCGCGAGAUCUCUUCUUUGCCCUCCUGAAGGCCAUCCUCAGUUCACACGUUCGCCGCCUAUCCCGUAUCAUCCAGCACACCCACAGAGAGGUCAUGGCCACACAAUCCGAUCAGGAGCAGCACUUCCGUGCCAUUGAUCGUCAUGUCCGCUCUUGUAACACGUUGGUGGAGGCCUUGCACAGCAGCAAUGUCAGUGAUAUCUUUACCAAGGCUCAAGAAAAGACUUUGGACUUAUGGCUGGAAAACUUCCAGGACAUGAAGAAAGAAUUGCAAGAAGCUAGAUUCAUGAAUCUCAUGGAAGCUAAUGAACCUGAGUCUGUGGAACGAAUUGAUGAAGAUUCGCUCAGCCCUACGGAGCACAUUGAGUACCUUGAGAUGGUGCGUGACACACUACUGGCCAGCUCCAAGCGGCAGGGCGUACGCAUGGUCACAAUAAAGCACCAGUGUCGUGCUCUGAUCGCCAGAAAGAACAAAGAGAUCUCUGAAUUGCACCAGCAGCUAUCAUCUAGUGUAAGGAAGUUGUCGCGGUCUGGUCUGUCAGAUGAACCGGGCGUCUCGGAUAAUGAGGACGACGACGAGUGUGGUGAGGGAGAAGACAGUGCCUAUGGCCGCCGGAAGUCUUCUAGAAAAUCUGAUUCACUUCUGCUGGACGGUGAGUGCAAUCUCAAUUGGGUAGAGGAGACCGCUUUCCUCUCUGAUGAUGAUGAGGAGCAGAAGCCACAGUUGCCGAAGAAGAGGCAAGCAGCAGCGGAAGUAGACACUCAUGGUGAAUCAGCUGUCGAGGAGGAGAGACUGGCUUUGCACCCCCAUGACCUGGAUAGUAUAUCGCCUAACUUGCCAGACUAUGAGAUCGCUGACAUGCUGAUCUUGCAGGAUGCCGAGGGCGAGGACGAAGACAGGGAGUGCGUUACUGUUGAUGCCGGCCCUAGCCACCAACAACCUCUUUCGAAUGAAGCUGCAUCUGUAGUGGCCGUUGUGUCCUCUUUCCUGAUGAUUCAUCCUCAUGGCGCUACUGCUGAUAGCAUCAAUGCAUACCUCACAUCAAUUGGCUGCUCGGUACCGACUGGCUCAGUUCUUGAUAUCCUUCAACAGCUACCCAUGGUCUUUAGCUGUAGUCGCAAUGGUGGUGGUAAUAACGAGGAGGACUGUUACCGUAUGUCGGCAUUUGACACUAUCUGUUCGCCUCUCCAUACGGCAUAACACAACGGUGCCUGGAUGAGUUGGAACAACUGCGAUGCUCUUGGUGUCCUCUCUCUCUCUCUCUCUCUCCCUCUCUCUCUCUCUCUCUCUCUCUCUCUCUCUCUCUCUCUCUCUCUCUCUCUCUCUCCGUAUCUGCUUCUAUCUGCCUCUGUCUCCUUGUGAACAACCAAUACACUAGUUGUUGACGAGUAAUUUUCUAAUUUCUGUGCCAAAUUUAGCUCUCGCCCAUUCGCAUUUUAUCAUUUCUGCAAGCUGCCGUAUUGUGUUCCCUACUCAGCAUUGUACAUACCCCGAAUAUUGUAUUCUUAUGCUUUGCCAUCCCCAACUAAACACACACACAAGCAGACAUGCUUACACCUCUUUUUCAACUCUAUCUUGGCUUUCUCUUGUGCUUCAUUUCACUUCGCAUCCUGCUUUGGAGUUGAUCAUUGUUCUUCGCGGUACCUGCUCAGCAGAAUGUGCUAAGCUUGCUUGGCUGGCAACACAUACAGUAGAUACAGUGUCAGUAACGGUAUGCCUGCCCUUCCGGUACUGCCUCUCGCAAUACGACACAUGAUUGUGUCGAAACACGGACUCGCUAGAUAUGACACCAGGGCAUAGCUCUGGGCACUUCUCGUUUUCUUUCUCAGUCUUGCUGGCUGCAGACUAUUUCUCUUGGCUCUUUGCACAGCGGCCUGCUGAGAUUUAGCUCGUAUAGUGCUUUGUUGUCAAUUUGUUAAAAUAAUUACCGUAAAG